AAAAUGACAAGUCGGCCCAUUGGCGCAUCAGAAAACAGAGCUAUUUCCUGAAGGGUAAAGAAUAAAUAAACGCCAUAUCGCGCAACGAUGACGGCCAGUGAGCAGCCCAUCUGAGAGUCGUGAAUUUUGAAAAAGAAAUCAUGUUUAGGGCUGCAAUUAGGUACUUUUCAACGAAACCUAAGCCGAAAAUGAAACCAAUAGAGCUCAAAACACCACCAGAGCAAACCCAGACGAUAACAAGAGCGAUUUUCGACAUCGUAAAAGAACAUGGUCCUCUCACUAUCGCAGAAACCUGGGAAAAGGUCCAGGAAGUUGGGUUGAGAAGACUGACAAGCAAAAGGCAUAUGAAAAUAGUGUUGAGAUGGAUGAGAGAGAGGCAGAAGCUUAAGCUCAUUUGCAAUCAUGUAGGGCCUCAUAAGCAGUUUCUUUACACUACUUGGUUCACUAAACCCAACUUCAAGCUGCAAGCAAAGCCGGUCAAUAAACAGCCUUCACUACCCAAGCCUUGAGACUGCAUGAGUGUCGUAAUGGAAUCAAGGGACUUGCUUAAAUCAUGCUAAUCUUUCUUGGCAGUUUGUUAUGACCAUUGAUGAACUGUGAGAUGAUGUAGGAUUAGUGGCUAGCUGAUCCUCAUUGUCUUCCUUGCAAAUCCUUUGUAUACAUACCAAGGAUGGCUGAUUGAGCAGAUUCUGUUAUGGUUGUUCACAUCCUUUAUUAUCCAUGGAAAUCCAGUUUCUAUUAUAAAA